AUGGCGGAAGCGCCCUGGCGUCACCUGGCCGCGGCCACGAUCACCUCUGCACUGCUGGGCUUCAGCUGCGGUGCCUGGUGGGCGAAUCGACGGGCGCGGCGAAAGGAGAAAGCCAGAAAGCGAUUGAUGCAAAUGGCCAAGGUGCGCCCGGACCGAGUGGCUCUCUACAAGCGGCACCACCAGGGCGUUUGGCCGGAAGUGGAGAAGGGCCUUGCAAAAGUCGGGGUGGAGACGAUCUCCAUUUGGUCAGAUCCCAGCGAUGACUGUGCCUUGUACAUGUAUUUGGAGAUGGCCGAGGAUGCUGGCGACAUGGCCGAAGGUUCUCAGUACCGAGAUGAUCCGCGCGUGCGAGAAUGGGAACGAGCCAUGGAGACUGAGUUCCAUGCAGGCUGGAAGCCUUUGAGUGAGUGGUAUACCUUGAAAUGCAGCGGCUCCAAGACAGUGGAAGUCUCCACCAACUCACUGCCACCCUGCUACAACGUCAUCGACGGGAAGUGA